AGGAACAUAAAAGGAGUGUUCACUUCACACUUCACUCUUCACCGUUCAUCCAUUCUUGAAGCUUUUCUCCACUAAACCAAAUCCUUGUUCUUCAAGCAACAAAUGCAACUUCCCUUCUUCUUUCCUCUUCUCUCCUCUCCCCUUUAUAACACUCAUUCCUCUUCUUUUUCCUCAUAUUCCCCUCCUCUCUAAAAACCAAACUCCACUAAACCACACAUCAAACAUGCUUAUGUUUCAUCUCAAAGCAUCUAUGAUUCCCUUCCUCCUCCUUCUAUUCCUCAACCAUGUUGAAUCACAAACAUCCAUGCAACCUCUUCCAACAGACAUUUCUCAUCACAAAUGGGAGCCCUCCUUUGCAAUCACAGUAGGUUCCAUACUUUGUCUACUCCUUUUCUUAGGAAUCAUUUUUUUCUACAUCAGAAACUGUGUUGAAUCACACAUCAUCAUCACAAGAACAAAUCACACCACAGAUUGUCCUUGUUCAUGUUCCCAUGGUAUCAACAAAGAACUCCUCAACACUUUCCCUAUCCUCUUUUACUCAGCAAUCAAGGAUCUUAAAACUGAUAAAGGACCCUUGGAAUGUGCUGUUUGUUUAACAGAUUUCAAAGAAAAUGAUACCUUGAGAUUACUUCCUAAAUGCAACCAUGUUUUUCACCCUCAAUGCAUUGAUUCAUGGCUAGCUUCGCAUGUCACAUGUCCUGUUUGUCGCGCAAAUCUUAACCAAGAUUCUUGUCAGGUUUCUAUCCCAAUUAUCAUCCCAACCCAUUUCAACAAUGACCAAAUGUGUGAAGAAAAUUCUCAAACCGAAACCGAACCCGUACCCGAACCAGAAAUCACUUUCAGUAAUGCUUCCAAUGACCCAAGCCCAAACCAAAUUGGAGAAAGUAUCAAUUUUGGUGACAGUCACGCAUCAAAACCGAAGCUUUUGAGGUCAAAUUCAACUGGUCAUUCUUUGGAUGAACAAGUGAAUUGUGAGGAGAAGUACACACUGAUGUUACCAGAGGAUGUAAGGAGGUACAUUUUGGUUAACCAUGGAAAAAGCUGCCAGCUUUCUAUGAACGGCGAGGCCAAGGUUGAGAAGUGGGUUUGGUGUCCGCGACGUGGUUGAGGAAUUUCAUCGAACAGUUUCUGUGCAACUUCUGAAGACAUCGGUUACUAACCAAAAUAUCUUCUUGAAAUGAAGAAUGGUGAUGCUUAGGUUGAUUCAAUAAAUGGGUCAUUGUUGAAUUUUAAUGGGGUUGUAGAAAUUGGGUGUAAGAACGAUGAAGCAAGAAGAAGAUGAUUGAAAUGGAAGAUGAUUGAGAUGGAAGAUGAGUAAAGUUGUUGUUGAUUGAGUUAACUCGUUUGUCUUUACUUGGGAUGUGUGAAAAUAGUUGCGUAUGAGAUGAGUUAACUCGUUAUUUUAUUUAUUUUUUAAUAUGUUUUUUCUUGUGGAGUUCAAAAGGUGAGAUGAGUAGCAAGUGCCUUUUUUUUCUUUCUCUUUAUUUUAUUGGUUUAUUAGACACCA